AUGUAUUUUACAGGUCAGAGCAGUGCUUUGCCUCCUGUCUUCACCCUGGCUGCCUUCCCAAGUCAUGCUGACUUCUCAGCAUCUCCUGACCUGACAGAGGAUCCUGGGAUCGAGGUCCCACAGCGGAUACAUAAUCCCGCAGGCAGGAAUGAAACCUCAGCUGAAACCACAACCAUUACCAAGAUCGAAGCGACAGUCUAUUCAGAAUCUGUGACAAAUGCAUGGAACACAACGCAUACGUUGCCCACCAGCUCUCCAGCGGCUCCAUCUCAACACGUGAAUGUAUCUGUUGCCAUGACUGCUCAGCCUGGUACCACCUCUCCACCAGUUGUACCAGAUAGCCCUUCAUCCACACCGACUGUACAGAGCACCACCCCUCCACAGCACAUUUCAACCAGUGAAGGCACAGCCUCCCCGACCAGAGACCCCCUCACCACCUUUUCAUCUCAGCCAACACAGGAUACAAACUCCACAGCCCACACCUCCACACAGCCACAGUCUGAAUCACUCGCAACAGUCACCACACAGUCAACAGCAACCACAGGACGCCCUCUGACCUCGGCUCCAGGCCAGGGCCCUAUUGGGCCAACACACCAGGAGGUCCCAUCUGAACUUAAUGUUGGAGAUGAAGACUUCAAAGGGUCCCGCUACCAUUCAAACUCUCCUCUAGACCCCCUGCUAGCUGGUCUGCUUUCAGUCUUUAUUGUCACCACUGCUAUCGUCUUCGUCAUCCUCUUCCUCAAGUUCCGCCAGCGGACCAACCACCCAGAGUUCCACCGACUGCAGGACCUACCCAUGGAUGAUUUGAUGGAGGACACGCCACUCUCCAGAUACACCUAUUGAUGGAGUCGCUCUGUCACUUCCACUACUCAGAGAACAGAAGCAAAACAGACACCAAAGGAAGACCAGCAUGGAUCUGAGCAAAGCCUCUGCUUGGAUGCAGCUGCAUCUCUGCAGAUGAGUUUUCCCCUUUCACUGAGUUUUGGGUCAGUGAUUAAAAAAAAAUGUAUCUGCGGUUCCAUGAGAAGGGUUCAUAAAUGGGAGAUUUCAGCAUAACUUUUUUCCACAUUCCCUUUAAACUUCCAGAGAUGUUCAGUGUGAUGGGAACCUUUUUGUUUUCUUCCUGUCCUGGGGCGAGUAAAUACAGUAGUACCUCACAAUCCCUGACUGACUCCUUAAGUAUGCACAGCACUUUAAUGUGGCAUGAAGUCACAAUGCCCUCUAGGGGACAUCUGAGGUAAUGUGGAUCAAGGUUGCAUGAAGUCCUCCACUGUAACUAAGAGACAACCUGAGGAAUACCAUAGUGAGAAACAGAGAGAGGAAAUUAAGUGCUUCAGGACACAUUGGAAAGUUACCCGAAACCAUGACGUACUAUCAUUUAUGAUCCCUUAGCUGACCAAAUAUUAGAGAAGUGCACUUUGAAACCAAAUUGCCAGGUUGCACAGGUUGUCUUAAAAAUGACAUCUUGGGUCACAAAACACAAAAA